GGCAACGACGCGAUAACACGGAAGUAGACUCAACGGAGCAGAGCAGCCGUCCACAUAAACAAACACGGAGUGUCACAUAGUGAGUCAACAUGCCUAAAUUCCGUGAAAUCGGAGCCCAUUCUUCUCAUCAUUACCAAAAUCCUCUACCGCCUGGGCCUUGCAAACUAAUUGCCAGCAGAUACGUCGUUCAGCAGAGCCUGGGGAGGGGCAGUUUCGGCUCUGUAUUUCUCAUUAAAGACACCAAAGCGGCGCUGGGAGAAGAACUGAAGGUGCUGAAGGAAAUCCCUCUGGGGGAUCUGAAGCCCGACGAGACGGUAAAGGCCACGCAGGAGGCUCAGCUCCUCUCCCAGCUCCACCACCCAGCCAUCCUCAAGUUCUACACCAGCUUCCUGGAGAGAGACGUCUUCUGUAUCAUCACAGAGUACUGUGAGGACAGAGAUCUGGACUGCAGGCUGGAGGAGUUACGGUCGGAGGGGAAAACUCUGUCUGAGCUUCAGGUCACUCAGUGGCUUGUCCAGCUCCUUCUCGGGGUCAACUACAUGCACCAGAGGCGGAUACUUCACCGAGAUCUGAAGGCCAAGAACGUGUUUCUGAAGAGGAAUAAUGUGAAGAUAGGUGACUUUGGGGUGUCGUGCCUUCUGAUUGGGUCAUGUGACCUGGCCACGACGUUCACGGGAACUCCAUACUACAUGAGUCCAGAAGCUCUCAGUCACCGUGGUUAUGAUUCCAAAUCUGACAUAUGGUCUUUAGGCUGUAUUCUGUAUGAGAUGUGCUGUUUGAAACACGCCUUUGAGGGUCAUAACUUCCUGUCCAUGGUGCUGAAGAUUGUAGAGGGCUCCACGCCGUCACUGCCGGAGAGAUACUCACAGGAGCUGAACGCUUUGCUGCAGAGGAUGUUGCAGAAGAAUCCCUCAUGCAGGAUCUCUGCAGCAGAUGCUCUGAGCAGCACUUUUCUGGAGGAACUCACUCAGACUGUACAACAGCAGUUUUCGGACCUGAUGCUGAUGGACAGAACAGAAGGGAAGGAGAGCGAUGUUUCACAGAUUGCUAGAGCGCUGCAGAGGAAGGUGCACCUGCAGACCCUCAGAGAAAGAUCAGAGGUUGAGAAGAUGAGCCCCCGAGAACGGAUGAGGCUGCGGAAGCUGCAGGCUGCGGACGACAGGGCCAGGAAGUUGAAAAUGAUUGUGGAGGAGAAAUAUCAGGAGAACCACCAUCGCAUGAUGGAGCUUCGCUCCCGACACUUCCAGAAAAUCAGUGUGAAUGUUUUAAAGGAGAAACCUGAGGAAGCUGACUUCCAGAUGCAGCCAACCACAGACCAGAAUUUUACUAGCAGCCUCUGUGGACCAAUGGGAGAGCAGCUUGCAGACCGUUUGAACAUGUCUGAGAAAACAGAACGUGAUAUUCCUGACGACCCCCAGGCCGCAGAGGCUUACUACUGCGAGGACGGGUUCGAGUCCUGCUCAGAUGAAGACGAUUCAUCUGCAGCUCCAUCCUCCUCUGCCCGUUUCUGCCAGACAUUCGGACAGGACAGUGAUAUAGAGGCCAUGGUGAGACACAUGGAGAAUGUUCUGGAUGAGAAAUACAGCAUAGGGGAAGCAGAGAGUAGUGACCCUCAGUCUGGUCUGCAGAGCAUGCCCAGUAUCAACACUGCAAUGGCUGAGAGCAAAAUGCAACACAUCAGACAGUCAGUGUGUCAGAGGCUCGGGGCAGAGCUCUUCCAGAGGGUGUAUGACUACCUGAAGGAGGCGAGGCUGAGGCGGGACAGUGAGGAAAGCGUGAUCUCUGCUCUGGGACGGCUCGUGGAAAGACCUGCUGACUGUUUUGAAGUGGAUCAGCUGCUUUACUACGAGGAACAGCUGCAGGCAGCACAGGCUACGUUGACCACGCUGACCCCUACAUGAUCAACAGACUUUCACAGACUUUAGAGAGAGUUCUUUAGACCAGUGGUCUCCAACCCUGCUACCAUCCUGCAGAGUUUAGAUCCAACCUGUAUCCAAUCAGCUGCUCCACCAUUACUUAACUCUAAUACAGGGGUUGGCAGCAUGUGUCUCUUUUACUGUUGUGUUGUGGCUCCACAGCAGAAUUAGAUUUGUAGGUAAAAAUAAAAGAAUCCUCCUUUACAGUAAAAUAAAGCUCUGCUGAUCGUUCAACACAGUUUAACAGUAAAUGGUCUGGAUGUAGAGUAGAAGCUUGUUGUCAGCCUUGAUAUUCAUUUUUAAGCAUCUGCAAAAAACACGGAUAAUAUAUUUAAGACAUGUUUAACAGAAAACUACACAAAACCCUCAAUAACUAAAUAUAACAUCAAAUGUUUCCCUUUAUUCCAGCUUCCAUUCUUUUCAGGAGACGCACUUUCAGUUCCUCAGAGAA